UUUCUUUUCUUUUAUUCAAUAUGGUUCCAAAGAAGGUCAAGAGCAAGCGUGUUACACUUCAUCGUAAACACAGAAUUUUGGGUAAAAUUAAGGAAGCCCAUCGCAAGGAAAAGAGGGCAGCAAAGAAGAACCCUAGUGCUCACCACAACAAGACAAAGAAAGAUCCUGGAAUUCCUAACGAAUGGCCAUUUAAGGAACAAAUCUUGAAUGAAAUUCAAGCACAAAAGAAUGAGGCUGAAGAAGAAAAAUUAAGAAGAAAACAAAUGCAACAAGUGGAAAGAGCAAAGGCCAAGAAAGCAGCAAAGAAGGCCGAAAUUGCCUCCAACAUUGCUGCUGCCAAGGCUGCUAAGGCUGCUGCUGAAGAAAGUGCAAAGCCAAAGACCAAAAAGAAAUAAUAACGCAACAUAUCAAUACGACUUCAUCAUUACUCUAUUAUUCGCAAAACACAUACUUCAUAUCAGCACUGUAUUUCAUCAUGAUACAUCAUCUUUGUUUUUUUUUUUUUAAUUCUAUAAAUUUAUUCAACAUUAUAUCAAU